AGAUAUUUCGAUAUUAUAUUUAGAUAUUAUCUUAAUAUAAUUUGUAUCUCAGAUACCACUAUUAGUCCACAUCUAAUAGUUUUAUGUAUAUGUACCUAUUUCAAAAUGUAUAACUAUUACUGUGUAUAUGUUGCGCUAGUGAGUAGUUGUUUAUAUCUGUCUAAUGCAGGAACACCACCACUAGAAAACUCUGAAAAGUCCAAUAACCUUGGAAUUAUUGAUGGACAGGAAGUCAUACCUCAUUCGAUGCCAUACAUGGCUGCCAUUCGUAGUGAAAUAAAUUACACCACAGUUUUAUGUGGAGGAUCUUUAAUUAGUGAUUCCUUAGUUCUGACAGCAGCUCGGUGUGUUUAUGGAGCUAGUGAAGUUACGGUUACUUUAGGUGCUCAUAAUUUGACAAUCAACGAAGAAAGUCAAGUCACUAUGACUUCCACAUCAUUUGUUAUCCAUGAAGAUUAUAAGCAUUCUGGGGUACUUCACGAUAUUGCAGUUAUUGAAUUGCCUAAAGCAGUUACUUUAAAUGACUACAUUGCCACGAUAAAAUUGCCAGAUUUUGCAGACAUUAGCAAUAGCUAUGAAGAACAAGCAGCAUCAGUUGCCGGAUGGGGAAGAGUAAAUGAUGCAGAACAAUUAAACAGCGAUGUUUUACUCUACCAAAAUUUUACCAUUAUUCCAAACAUAAUGUGCGAGCUCUCAUAUUUAUUCCAAAUACAAUCAAACCAACUUUGUACAUCAGGUGUAUCGGGAAAGAAUAUUUGCUUAGGAGAUAAUGGUAGCCCUUUGGUAUUGAAUGGCGUACAAAUUGGCAUCGCUUCCUAUGGUACCGUAUUUGGAUGUUCGUUGGGAUUCCCUGGUGUGUUUACCAGAGUAACAAGUUAUUUAGGAUGGUUAAUGCUUUAAGGAUUUGAACAUCAUGAUCCUGAUCGACUAGUAUUAGAAUGGUUCAUAAUGAAUGGCUAUUAUUUUACCUGUAGAUUAUAUUAAUAAUUAAGCUUUUAGUUUAAUAACUGAGAAUAAAAUUGUAAAACCUACGUACUGAGAUACAGCUAUAAAAAUAAUGAAGUAAGGUUGUGAAAUAUUUUAAUGUAAAUAGAAAUAUAAAAAUGAAAGUGCA